UCAGCCCUUAUCACAUUUUUAGCAAAAACUGUUGACCAUAGAAAUAACGAGGCCCAGUGCAUAACUACCGAGCAAGCAGCCAGAAGAAAACAUGUCGGACAAACAGAAGGACAGGAGAACGUUUCGGGAAAAGAAAACAUAUGUCCAAAUGCAGAUAGUGACUUCACUGAUUGUCAGUGGCUCCGUUUUUGUCUUCAGUUACUGGCUUCUUCCUAUCAACACCUCAAAAAUCACCGAACUUUCUGAGAGAUUUGCCUUUACGAUAUGUUGUUUAUUUGUCUCCUCGUUUUCCAUUAUAAUGGGGAUAGUGGGGGUCGGUAAUGUCCGAGGUAACACAGACGCAAUUGACCCCGUAUAUGGCGGAGCUGAAAAUCUCGUGGACGUCCCAAACCGGAUCCUUCGGAAUACAACGGAACAGUUCUUUCUACACAUGAUGGCCAUGUUAACAUUAACUCUUUUUUUGGAGGGAAACUCUAUGAGGGUUAUUCCCAUUCUUUCAGGGAUAUUCCUGGUGGCUAGAAUUGUAUACCAGUAUGGGUAUAUGUCCUCUCCAAUGAACAGGGGGUGGGGAUUUGCCAGUACAUUUUUACCUACACUCGCUGUAUACACUUAUUGCACAUUUUGCCUUUUUACAAAGAUAAUGAAUGCCUAUAAUAUCCUAUAGCUUCAGUUUAUAGUGUUUAAAAUUCUAUGGCAAUUUUUUACGAUUAAAUCUUUCAUUAGUAAAAUAUGAUGUAUUCGAAUACUAUUUAUUUAAUUCAAAUAAAUACUAAUUACAC